AAUUAAUUUAUGAAAUUCAAGCUAGUACAUAACAAAGAAAUCCAUCUUGUCAAACUAGACAACCCAACACUUUCAGCACUCAAAGCACACGUUAAGAAAGUUUACCCAUAAAUUGAUGCAAACUUCAAAUUAACUUACUUCGAUAAUGAAAAUGACGAAAUCUCUCUUAGUUGCCAAGAAGAUUUACAAGUGCUAGUUGAUGAAGCCCAUCACACUGUUAAACUUUAUGUGGUAGUACCUCAAUAACAAGAAAAAAUGAUUCAUCCCAAUCAUACAUGUGAUGGCUGUUAAAAACAACCUAUUGUUGGGGCAAGAUUUAAAUGUCUUGAAUGUCCAGAUUUCGACUUAUGUGAAUCCUGUCAUUCUAAAAACAUCCACAAUAACCACAAGUCAUUCAAAAUUAGUAACCAAUAAGAAUUUGAAGACUUCUAAAGAUCCAGACCAAAAAGAACCAGACCAUUCUCUCAAUAAUAAUUCCAUCAUGUCGGACCCUUCCCUCAUAUCUUUAACCACUUUAUGUAGGUUAUUGAAAACCCCAAAUUCAAGGAAUUCAAAGAAACAGCUGGCACAGUUGCCCAAGACUUAAUCAAUGUGAUUAAGACCUAAAUCGACAACCAUCUGGUUCAAGAAUAAGAAAAACCUUAAGAACAGACCUAAAAUAAUGCUUAAGAAACUUAAGUUGAUCAAACUUAAUAAUUCAAGGAAGAAGUCAAGAUUUCAUAAACUGAGAUCUAAGAGCCAGUUUAAGUACCUGUUGAAGUCCAAGAGCCAGUCCAAGUCUAAGAACCAUCUGAUAGUGAGAUGGAAUAGAAGAUCAAACUAUUAGCAGAGAUCGUCGAUUGCAGUGAAGCUUUAGCCAGAGAAUAUGUGGAACUCUUUAAAGAAAUGCCUUUGGACGAGAUUGUUGACAUAAUAUAUAACUAAAAAUGAU